GGCAGCUCUGAGACUGGUGGUUUGGACUGCGGCUGCUCGGUCUCGGACGCUGGCUGCGGUGCGAUGCGCUGCAAAGAAUCGCGGGAGGACGAGCCCCUCCCCUCACUGGGCGGGAGGCACCUCGUGAACCAGGUGCUGCCGGAGAAGCGCAUGAAGGAGAUCGCGGCCUCCUUUGACGUGGUGGACGGCCCCAACGACGAGGGCGAGAUGUUCACCAGGCCUGGCAUCCUGGUCGACGCGUUCCCCUCGCCCUACCCGAACGAAGAGGCGGCCCGGUACGCCAACGGCGGCGCCCUGCCUCCCGACCUGUCCGUCUACACCACCGCCAAGCACGAGGGCCUGGACUACAUCUUCGCGCUGCUGAUGGGCUACCGCGACCCGCCCGCGGGGAUCCCUUGCCGUGACGGGCUGUACUACAACAUCUACUACCCCGGAGGCCUCAUCGCCAUGCCUCCCCCGAUCCACGCCGAUGGCCUCGUGGACUAUGAGGACGGCACGCCCGCGACCAAGUCCCAGAUGUGCAAGGACGUGGUGAACUUCCUCUGCUGGGCCUCCGAACCGGGCCACGACGACCGCAAGCUCAUGGGUCUCAAGGCGAUGUCCGCCUGCAUGCUGGGCGUCGUCGUGAGCGGCAUGUGGUACCGCUCCGCCUGGAUCGGGUACAAGACCCGCCGCAUCGACUUCACCAAGGCCGUGAUGUGAGGGCGCCCCGUGCAGGGCUCGUUUCGAUCCCUCUGGUUCGAUUCGAUUCGAUUUCCUCGAUCCUCCUUCUCCUUCUCCUCUUCCUCCUCCUCCUCCUCCUCCUCCUAGUCCUCCUCGCCACUGCGACGAGCGGAGAACGCCCCUUUGGGCGCUCCUCUGCUGCCGGCUCCUCCGCUGUCGCUCUCUGCUGUCGGCAGUCCUCGCGGAGCUCUGCAUGCAGCUCCUGUUCAGGCAUGUGGUGAGCGGGUGCAUUCUGCUUGUCCGACAGAGUGCAGCUCGUUCGCCUCUCUUGGUCCCAGCGCGUGUUCGAGAAGAGGCUGCUUCCUGGAUCGUUCCGUGCGCAGUUCCGCUUCUUCGGGAGAGCGGGCUGGUCCAGGAUCGAGGAGCGGAGCUCUCCCCGGCCGCACAGUUGCCUUGUUCAGAAUGCCGCGCCUCUCGUGCGAAGCGCCCUCGUCACAGGCGACGCGUGGCAGCAUGUCCUGGCCCGUCUCCGCACGCGCAGGCGCUCGGAUGGCGCCUUCCCGUGAUGGACCUCGUCCGUCUUGCAAUGGGAUGGUCUGUUCUUUCGCCUCCGAUGCGCUCGUGCUGUCGCUUCCUUUCACCCCUGCUUGUGUGAUUGCAUCCUAAGUGCCGUAUGCUCUUGGGCGAAGUGCCGGAUAGCGCGAUUCGACCUUUGUUCCCCCCC